UUCUAUGCGGAAGUCAACGAGCAGUGAUCUCCUUCCUGAAAGAGCCGAAACUGCUCUGUACAAACUCACAUUUCCCGACUGAUAGACUCGCGGAAUCAGCCAUGUCGAAGAACACAGUGUCCGACCGCUUCAGGAAGGUGGAUGUUGACGAGUACGACGAAAACAAGUUUGUGGACGAGGAGGACGGCGGAGAAAAUCAGCUGGGUCCGGAUGAGGCAGAGGUGGAUUCCCUCAUCAGAUCAGGUAACCUGAUGGGAGCCCUGCAGGCAGUGCUGAAGAAUCCACCCAUCAACACCAAAAACCAGAAUGUGAAGGAUCGGGCUGAAGGCCUGGUGUUGAAAGUGCUCAGCUCUUUUAAGGCCAGCGAUAUAGAAAAGGCUGUUCAGUCUCUGGAUAAGACUGGAGUAGAUCUGCUCAUGAAAUACAUCUACAAGGGCUUCGAAAGACCCUCAGACAACAGCAGUGCCAUCCUGCUUCAGUGGCAUGAAAAGGCUCUGUCCGCAGGUGGCGUGGGCUCCAUAGUCCGAGUCCUGACAGCCAGGAAGACGGUGUAACGUUCAUUGGCAGGAUUUGGCAGAGGGACUGGCUGGCACAAGCCCUCGUGGUCUGCUUUCUGCCCACACUGCCAAACUGUGGAGGAUGUCCAGUCGCUCACUUUUUCUUAAAACGAUCAAACAUUUACAGUCCCAUUUGGAUGAGUUGCAGCAAAAAUAAGCACCUUGGAUCUAUGCUAUACUAACAGAAAGGUGAUGGGGGGAAAAAUCUUAUUGUUGACCUCAGUAUAUAUACUAAGCACAGACAUUUGUCCACUUCACAUACUUAAUUCCCAUGCUUGUAGAGUCUUUCAAUAUAACAGAACAAACAGUAUGUGUGAUCACAUGACUAAAGCGCUACACAGUCAUGUUGUUACAAUAGCAUGUGAUGAAGGUACUAUGAAAUUCCUGCUUUUUUAAGAAUAGUUCAACCAAAAAUGGGCAUUCUGUCACCAUUUACUGACCUUAAAGUCAUUCCAAAUAGCCCUAAAGUUGUUCCUUCCUGUCGUCUGAGGAAGAUUUUUUUUCCCUGAAGAUCACUGGUGUACAAAUAACAUUCCAAUAAAACGAUGAAUGAGUUUCUACAGAUUUGGAAAGUCAUGAGGGUUAAAAAAUCAUGACAGAAUGACAUUUUUGGUUGAAAGUGAUCAAGCUUUACUUUUAUGUAGGAUGUUUACUUAAUAUUUCGUUUUCUAGAAGCCUGUCUCCACCACAGAAAAAAUUAAUAAGGAAAAUUUAAAAUAAAAAAUUAUACUUUUUUUUUCUCACAAUUCAGAUUUUUAUUAAUUAGAAUUGUUUUGUUCAGAGUUGAUUUCCUUUUCUUGCUUAGAGGUUUUGUCUUGUUUCUAGUCUAAAUAUCUAACAAUUCUUAAAGGGCACCUAUUGUACCCCUUUUACAAGAUGUAAGAUAAGCCUUUGGUGUCUCCAGAAUGUGUCUGUAAAGUUUCAGCUCAAAACACCUAUCAGAUUAUUUAUUAUAGUCUCCAGAAUCUGCCCAUGUUGGUGCCUGAAUACACUGUAGCUGUUGUAGCUUGUGAAUCCAAAUGAGCUGCUUCUCUCUGCCCACCGUUCCCGUGUCUGCUUCUCAUCAUGCGUUACGUCAGAUAAACAGCAGUCAGUGACAGAGACGGACUCAGAUGAAGCUGAAAUAAAGCUCAUUAGUCAAAAAUACUUUUUUCUAGGAGUUUAUUAAAGCCUUUCUGAAAUGAUGAGUCACACACAAAUGCCGUUUGCGCUACAAACACACACACACACACACACACACAUAUUAGCGUUUACUGACACCUUGCGACCUUUAUUACAAACAUGCUCUGUUUUAAAAAUGUUUUCCCAGUUUUGAAUCCCAGUUUAUUUGCAAAAAAAAAUGUUUGGUGGACAUGUGUAUACAUGUAACUAUAGAAACAUGGCUCCUGUCAAUCAAUUUGGUGGUCGGGGAAACCGCACUCCUACGUCACAUUGCGGUGUCACUUGUUUUUAUAUCACUCCAAUACGACAGUGAACACACUAUACCUACACACAGUUCUGUUCAAACAGCUUACAAAAGAUGAUUUUCAUCACAGGUGUCCUUUAAAUCAAGAAGCAUUUUCUAGACAAGCAAAAAAUAUUGUCUUUUUCAGAAAUAAUACAUCAAAAUAUAGAAACAAGACAAAAACUAAGCAAGAAAAGCAUUUUUGCAGUAAAGCAAUUUCUUAAAAUCCAGGGUUAUUUCUUAUAUCUUGCUUUUUUUUUUCUUUUGCAAUUAUUUUUUACUAUUCCGAGUAUAAUUAGUUUAUUUUUUACACAUUACUGAGUCUAUUUCUCUAAAUUCUGCCCUUAUUUUUUAUGAAAUUCAUUAUUGCAAUACAUAAACUAGGAAUUCAUAUAUAAUACAUUUUUAAUUAUUAGAUUAAAAAGUCACAAUUAGCGUGGUGGGAUCAAGCCUAUCUGCUCCUUUCUCAAAGCAUAAUCAGAGCUGGUUUAUGAAAGAACGCCAACAUCAGUAUUUGCUUUUUCCCUGCUUGCAUGCAAUGCAUAAUAUAUUCGUUUUGAGCUGAAUCUGAACGCCUGUGCUUUUCACGAGAGAGAGAUUUCCAGCUCAGUUUCUUGUGAUCAAGCUCUUAUUUUUCUCCACAGUCCCUUCAGUUGCUUAUGCGGUUUCUAGGAUCUCCAUUGCUUCAUAUCACACCAGGAUCACGUUCAAAGAAACAAAAAAGGGAAUAACUUUUCUUAAGUUGCCAAAAAACGUUUUAAUUGUCAUAAUGGUUGAUCAAUACUAGUGUUUUUGUACUCUUUACAAAAACAGUGAAUUAAUUUUGUAUAACGUUGAGUAUUAUUAGAAUUGUCAGUGAAACACUCGUGUAUGUUUUGCAUAUCGCAUCAUUUUGAAGUGUUUUACCAGUCAUACAACGUGAUUAACAUCGUUUCUUAUCUCAUACUUUGAACUCAGACUUUAUGUCAGGUGCUGAUGAUCAAGCAAACCUCGGAGACGCACACAAGUGUUUGUGUUUUCUCACAAUUCCCACCAAACACAGCAGCUGGAGUUCAAGCUGCUAUGGAGAAUUUCGCUUCCACUGUGGUUCACUUAUUUUCGCCAUACUUGAAGCCAUAUGUAAACAACGGAAGGAAGUCUCCACUUGUUCAUUGACCAUUCCAAGUGAAUGUUGAGUCUGCAUCAUGCCAAUCAAUCGUUUGAUUAAGUGCAAAAAUGAUGAACUAGUUUACCAACUGCCUUAUAAAAUAUUCCUUUUAUAUUGUAUGGUCCUUUUGAAAAAUAAAUGAAUGCAAAGCUU